AUGUCCCCACCCUCCGUCUCGAUGCAGUAUGUGCAGUGUGUCGCUUUGAUCUUCCUUUGGAGCUUCAAGCCUUCAGAACCCCACCUCUCGGCCUACUUGAAGGAUGUGAAGCACUUGACCAAGUAUCAGCGAGAUGCGGAGGUCUACACGGUGUAUACAUAUGGAUCCUUGGUGGUGGUGAGCAUUGCGGCAAUCCUGAAGGUCUACGCCUUGCAGUUUCCAAACUUUCAAGGCCUGGGCGACCGUGCGCUGAUCCGUUUGGGCUGCGCUGCGCGGCUGAGCACGAGGUUGUUGCUCCUUUUUGGAGAUUCGGUGCGAAGCAUGCAGCUGAUGCAGGUGGCCUUUGCUGUGGGCCUCGUGGGGGAGCUCGCCUUUUGGGCUUAUUGCCUGAAGGCCGUGCCGAGCCAUGCGCAACAGCUGACGGCAGUGGCUCAAGCCGCGUACUUAGUGGCCCACACCUUCGCUGGCUUGCUGGGCGAUUGGCUGCUGCAGCUCACGGACAUCGGACUCACUGGUCUCAUGUGGAUCUCGUUUGCCUCGGUGGGGCUUUCCUGCCUGGUGGCGCUCAGCCUUCCUCCAGUGGAUGUGGGCGGAGGGAGCAUACCGGUGGAUCGGGUGCCCUGGUUCCAGGCCUUCAGCAGGGUGUAUCGUUCUCCUCGUCGCUUUUGGCUCUCCACACUCUGGUGGGUCUGCAGCUACCCAGCCUAUCAGACGAUCUACGGCUAUGAGUCCUCCUUAUACGCCGAUCGCUUUGGAGACCGAACGGAUCACAACGGGACCAUCUUCGCUGUGGCGCUCCUGUGCGGCGCUGGAGCCUCACUGCUGCUCUCCUGGGAUCCCCUGCAGCGCAGUGCCAGCCGUCGACCGAUCAGCGUCUUUCUGGUGGUCAGCACCUUGGCCCAAAAGGCCACAGAACGCCUCAAGUCUCCGGAGCUUCCAGCGGGUUUGACGCACCCUUUCUUGGACACCAACCUCGCCACGUGCGACGUCCACGACGUCCUCCGCUGCCAUGUGGCACAGGCGCUGCAACGGCGUGACGGGGUGGAGACGUCCAUGGAGGAGCUGGUCUUGGUGGACCAUACGAAGGAAGCCUUCGAGUUGGCCUUCCAAUGCUCGCGAGGCUUGAAUCAGCGCCCAGUGGUCUUGGUGCCGGCACCGAGCUUGACCUCCUGCCUGGACGCCGCUCUGAACCUGGCAGAGGUGACGCCGUACUUUCUGGAGGAAUCCAGGCACUGGGAUGUGCUGCCGGAGGCUUUGGAGAAGGCGAGCGGCGCGCGACCUCCGACGCCUUCAGUGCUGGUGCUGCAGAAUCCGGGGCUUCCAGGACAAGUCCUGUCCGCCACAUCCAUCAGGUCAUCGUUGGAGUUCGCUGCCCGGCAUGAGAUGCUGGUGGUCGCCCAGGAAGAUGUCUCCCUGCUCUUCGAGGAAGGUCGCUUUCGGAGCUGCCGGCGCAUGGUGAAGGAGAUGGAUUUGGAUUUGCCUCUCAUCACCAUUUGUUCUCCGGAAGAUGUCGCAGAAGCGACGACUUUUUCAACGGCGCCUGCGGCCUUGCACAUGCACAACGUGAAGCCAGUGCAGCAAGUGAGGAAGUCGACUGAUGGACGCUUGCCACGAGAGGCCUGGAUUGCCAGUGUCCUCAGUGCACCGCUGGAGGACUCGCAGCGGAAGCUGCGAGCCGUCCUGUCGCAGAGCACGAGGAAUGCGAGGGAGAGACUGGAGACAGUGGCCGGAAUCUCCUGCGAAGCAGUGGAAGCUGGCAUGUACGUGUUCCCCAAAGACUUGCUUGGAAGACUGCGGGGUAAGAAGGGGCAGAUGCUGGCUCCUCCGAUAUUUCUGCUGGCCGGGGGAAUCGCUUGGCAACGCUACAUUAACAUUGGAAGCGGCAGGUUGCGGAACUGGCCCUUGGAUUGGAUGCUCAGGUGGUCAUCAAGGGCUACGUGA